AUGGACAGCCAGACCCGAGUCUUCGCUGCGAUGUUACCGGCUGCUGCUCGGGAAUUAGACGGUAAUGACAGAGAGCGGGGAGUCCAAGUGCGAGCAGUCAGUCGUCCGAGCCCCAGCAGCCGCGUCAGGGAGCUCCAGGUCACCGGAACAGCGGAGGUUUGCUGCCCGGCGGACCGAGUGUCGGUCCGGGUCAGUGUGGGCAGCAGCAAAGAGUCAGUCAACGAGGUGACCAACAGCGUUUCACGGCGACUUGAAUACAUUUUACAGGCUGUCAGACAACAUGGUGUCAGUGACAAAGACGCCGCAGUGAGGAGGUUUCUCCACCGAGAGGCAGACCAGUAUCACAUGAAUGCAGAGGUCGCGGUCACUUUCUCAGAUUUUGAGAAGAUGGAGCGAGUAUGUGGUGUCCUGCUGGAGAAGCUGGACAAGAGUGUUUGUGUUGGGGCACCACAGUUCUACCACAGUGCUGAAUACCUGAGUCAAAUGAGGCGGCGUGCGUGUGUCUCAGCAGUUGAAAAUGCUCAGCAGAAGGCAUGUGAAGUCAGUCAGCUCCUGGGGCAAACUCUGGGAGCCCCCCUACUUGUCAGAGAGGAGGAGACAAGGGAGUGGAGGAAUGAGGAUGGAGAGGAUGGAGGCAGGCUUUCUCACCUCCCCUGUACACCCACCAUCACUAUGUCUUCACAGGUGUCCGUGUCUUUCAGCCUCAGAGACGGAAGCAGGAAAAAACUCUGAAGACAUCUGUCGCUGAGUCAUGGAACCAAAGAGCAGACUGUCGCAGUUCAAAGUAUUUUAUUACUUAGUGGUAAUGGCUGAAUAAAAGUGCAAAUUCUCAAGGUUUUUUUUUUCUACCUCAGCCAACACAAACACUACAUGGGGAAAAAAAUGUCAUUUCAGGCAUAAUUGUCAUCAUUUAACUUAACUCCAGCCAUUCAAAUCUGUAUUUAAAAAAAAUCAGGCACAUGAAAUCAAAUGUCUUUUUUAAUGUGUUUUUACAUUUUGGCACAUCAAAUUAAAAUACUGUAUAU